AUGUCAGAAGGAUCUCCUUCGUUGCUAACAAUUGCCGCUUACCAAGCGCUGUUCCUAUUCACUGGCUUCUAUCAGUCGCUUGGCACACAGUACCUGUACUAUCAGGGAGCUGCUACUGGCACCAGUUUACUCACAAACGUGUCGGCAAGCCUUGGUGCAGCAUUAGUGGGGUUGUUACUAAUACCAGACUGGUUGGCGAGAAAGUGGGGACGUGUCCAAGAUGGGUACGAGGCAGUAGACAACCAAAUCGACAUGGUGGAUAUGAAUCAUUUAAAGACGCAGACUCGGAAAGACUAUCAGCUUGUGCCAGAUGACAUUGACGAAAAUGUAAAAGACACCGAAAUGUUAACAAAUAGUAACCAAGAGCUAAAAGGCACGAACGAAAAUGUAAAAGUCAUUGACGAAGAUGCGAAAGAUGCGAAAGAUGCGAAAGAUGUUGAUUCUACCGAUCGUUCAUCGGAACAGUUGAAAGAACAUGUUAAUUACAAAGCCAUUGUUGGUGUAGCAACCUUAGAUGCAUUAGGCAACUAUUUAACUACGAUUGCGUUUUUCUACAUUGGAAGUGGAAUGUUCCAAGUGAUAUACAGCUCUGUCGUAAUAUGGUGCGCCAUUCUUUCGUUCAUCUUUCUAAAACGCAACCUAUUACUAGUUCAAUGGCUAUCCAUUAUAGGAGUAUCACUUGGACUCGGUCUUAGCGCGUUGGGAAUCAAAGAGUCUGUUGAAGUGGCACCCGCAGAGGAAACACCGGCUGAUGAUCCAGAUUCUUCCAUAACAUAUUACCUGUCUUCUGCACAUUCGACAAUGUUCGGGGCGGUCUUGGCUAUGAUUUCUACGUUCGGUUAUGCGUGUAUUUAUGUCAUCUCCGAUAGGAUAUUAUCAGAACGAGUUCCCAACACAACACCGCCAUCUCCCGAAAAAACUUGUUUCCUUAUUGGCAGCUGUAGUACAAUUUUAUCCACAAUCUAUAUAUUGUUUUAUACUAUACCAAAUUGGGAUACGCUUGUAGUCGAAAAGAUGAAAGAGAGAGAACCGCAUGCGAGCACACCAGUUAUAUUGAUUAUAUUCGCAUUCCUCAUAUUUAGUUCUUUACUGCAUAAUCUAGCAUAUUAUUGGCUGGUGAAGCAUACGGGAAAUGUGUCCACCGGACUACUGAAUUCUCUGAGGGCGAUUGUUAUAUUCAUUCUGAGUCACUGGUUAUUCUGCAAUCAGGACCGCGGGCAAUGUUUUAAUUACUGGAAGGGUGUUAGCGUGGUGGUGGUUGUUGGAUGCGUUGUAACCUUUUCGCUUAGUAAGAGAGCGACAGCACACGACUAA